ACUUCGACCUGAUAUGUAACCAGCAGGCAGGUAUCAGUCUGCAACAGCCAAUGAGGGAGCUGGUUUUGUAUUACACCCAAAUGUAUGGACUGAUGCCCGAUAUCUCUCUAUAUAAACAGGGUAUUCACCCAGCCUGUUGCACACCAAGCUACCGAAUAUGACCUCGCCGUUCUCCAUCCCUCCAGAGUCUCGCCGAAUCGACCCUACUGCUGCAUUGAAACCGGAUGGCUCGCAAAAUGACAACGACCGCGUGGAAGGAGGACCGACUGCCCUGGCGUUUGCAGAGUGGCGACGCCUGGGCUUGCAACCACCGCAUCUCCCGAGUAUGCGAGAGUAUCGCCUGCAGCGCAUUUGUGAGCAGCUGGUUGCUCGCGACCUGGGCGGCAUCCUGCUGUUCGAUCCGCUGAACAUCCGGUAUGCGACCGACAGCAGCAACAUGCAGCUGUGGACGACCCACAAUCCUGCGCGCGCCUGCUUCGUCGCGGCCAGUGGGUAUCUGGUGCUGUGGGAUUUCCAUGGCUGCGACCAUCUCACUGCACACCUGCCACUCAUUAAAGAAAUACGCCAGGGUGCUUCGUUUUUCUACUUUGAAACAGGCAACCGGACCAAGGAGCACGCUGCGCGUUUCGGUGCCCAAGUGGAUGAACUGCUACGAUCGCAUGCCGGCAACAACCGUCGGCUGGGCGUGGACCGCAUUGAAAUCGCCGGGUUGCGUGCCCUCGAUGCUCUGGGAGUGGAAGUCUGUGACGGGCAGGCUGUCACCGAGCACGCGAGGAUGAUCAAGGGCCCCGACGAGAUCCUGGCUAUACGAUGUGCAGUUGCAUCCUGCGAAGCCGCGAUUGGCGAGAUGAAGCAGGUCCUGCGUGAUGGAGCCACAGAGAACGACGUCUGGGCUGCUCUGCAUGCUGGGAAUAUUCGACGAGGCGGAGAAUGGAUUGAGACUCGCCUUCUUAGUUCUGGACCGCGCACCAACCCUUGGUACCAGGAAUGUGGACCGCGCAUCAUUCGUGAUGGAGAGCUGGUGAGCUUCGACACGGACCUCAUCGGCGUCUAUGGAAUGUGCGUGGACAUGUCGCGCAGCUGGAUCUGCGGCGACCACAAGCCGACAGCAGAGCAGAAACGCUUGUAUCGCAUCGCCCAUGAGCAUAUCACGACUAACAUCGAGAUGGUCAAGCCCGGUGUGCGCUUUUCCGAGCUGUCGCGCAACGGGCACCGUCUGCCGGAAAGCUGCCACGCUCAGCGGUAUAGCAUGAUGUUUCACGGUGUAGGCCUAUGCGACGAGUACCCGACCAUCCGCUAUCCAGAGGACCUGGAGUCCUUUGGCUACGAUGGAGAGCUGCAAGCGGGCAUGGUGCUGUCAGUCGAGGCCUAUGUUGGUGAAGUAGGAGGCAAAGAUGGCAUCAAGCUGGAGAACCAACUGCUGGUGACUGAGACAGGCUACGAGCUCUUGACUCACUAUCCAUUCGAAGAGAGCUUUCUGCAGGACUGACCUAGUAGAACAUGUUCGUACUGAUUAACCGCGACACCACGCAUUGACGCUGCAAUUAGAAGACAGCUCUAGCAUUAGUUUAAGUCUCUCAAUUUGAUUGGAAAGUAGAUAUAAUAACAACGCUAAACAAGGGGAGUACAAUAUAACAAAUAUAGGAAAGAAACUGCAGACAACAUAAAAAUAUCCAAAAGAACAACUCAUUACAAUCAUAACGCCUUCAUCUAUCUCUCUAAAGACCGUACCAACCCUUCAAUCUCGUAUGCAACGCCGUCGAUGAAUGUGCGAGUCUCCGACUCACUCA